GGCAAGAAUGAGUCGGGUCAAAGCAGGUCAGGUUUGACGAACUGACCUCGGAUUUGGGUCCAGGGGUCUUCGAAACUCGGGCUGGGUGAGCUCGCGAAUCGGUCAUGUUCACAUUGCCCAUCCCAAUUCCCAAACGAGGUAGCAGGUAAGAAAGAUUGAAAGAGCGACCACCCACUACGUCCGGGAGACGAGAGUGGCAGUGGAGAGACGGGCUGAGGUAUUUAAGCCAUCAUCCCCUCCCUGCAUGGCUCCCCACAGUCCCCAUAGCUUCGGCCCUCGUUGUCCUCCGACAACGUUAUGUUGGCCCAGAUGCUGACAGCAAGUCCCGCAUCGGGCUUCAUCUGCGGCUGCAAACAUAGCGGGGCAUGCAGUCGAAGUGUUUGAUGAUAUGUUUCAGAAGGUUUGGAUCAAAUAUUGUCAUUACCAUCAUCUAACAAAGAGAUGCCACAACACCAUCACCACAACCCCACACCAGCCCAACUCUAACCUCCACUCCCUCUACUUCCACUUCCUCCAUUCCUCCCCAUCCCUCCACCACCUCUGCCACCUCCAUGCCCGCCUCCUCCGCACUGGCCUCUACACCGACGCCAUCCUCUCCACCAAACUCCUCCUCACCUACUCCCAGCGCUAUUGCCUCCUCCCCACCGCCCUCUCCAUCUUCCUCCAUAUGCCUUGCCGCACAUCCUACUCCUGGAACAUCCUGAUCACUGAGCUUGCCAGGUUUGGCCUUCCCCAUAAAUCCAUGGACUUCUUCCUUAGGAUGCAGUCUUCUAGCAUACCGGUUGAUGAAUUUACCCUUCCACCAGUCCUCCGGUCUUGUGCCCUUUUGGGCUCCUCUCCUGCCAGCAUGUCUGUCCAUGCCCUGGCAGUGAAGUUGGGUCUAGACCAUAAUCUUUAUGUUGGCUCGGCGCUGGUCCUUUGCUACAAUGGUUUGUCUGAAAUCUCUCUGGCACGAAAGCUGUUUGAUGAAAUGCCUGAAAGAGAUGCAGCCCUGUGGACAUCGAUGCUGUCAGUCUAUGCCCAGAGUGGAGAGCCAGAGUUGGCUUUGGGGUUCUUCAGGGAGAUGGUGAGUGAGGGAAUUCAGUUAGAUGGAGUGGUCAUGGUCAGCUUGCUAUUGGCUUGUGGGCAACUAGGGUGGCUAAGGCAUGGGAGGAGCGUGCAUGGGUGUAGCAUUCGUAGGUUCUUGGGGCUCCCUUUGAGUUUAGGGAAUGCUCUCAUAGACAUGUAUGUUAAAUGUGGUGCAUUUGGCUAUGCUGAGACGGUGUUUAGUAUGAUGCCAGCUACAGAUGUGAUUUCAUGGAGUGCUUUGAUUUUGGGUCAUGGGUUGAAUGGGCAUGCUAGUGCUGCUCUAAAGCUUUUUGACGAGAUGAGUGAGGAAGGGAUGGAGCCAAACUCUGUUACCUUUCUCGGUGUGUUGUCGGCAUGUGCGCAUGCAGGCAUGGUGGAAAAGGCCUGGGCUUUCUUUGAUAGGAUGAAGCAAUGUGGGAUUGAGCCUGAAUUGAAACACUAUGCUUGCAUGGCUGAUGCAUUGGGAAGAGCAGGGCAAUUGGUGGAGGCUGAGAUGUUCAUCGAGGCGAUGCCUAUGGUGCCUGAUGAGGCUGUACUGGGAGCCUUAUUGGCAGGUUGCCGAAUGCAUGGCAAUGUGGAGAUGGGGGAAAGAGUUUCAAGGAGAUUAAUGGGGAUGAGUCCAAGUAAGAGCGGUUACUACAUGAGUUUAGCAAACAUGUAUGUGGAUGCUGGUAGAUUUGUCGAUGCAGAGAUAGUGAGGGAGUUCAUGAAGCAGAAGAAUGUGGGCAAGCUGCCUGGGUGUAGCUUAAUUGAAUUGGAUUUUCCAUCAUUGUCAACAUUAGAGUAGACUGUUUAUAUGUGAUACAAUCACAUUUCUACCUAUCUUCUUAAUGAACUCAUGUGCGUGCAUGGAAUUUUGGAUAUCUGCUUGGUGGUGAUACCUAGAAUAUGAAUGAAGGGAUACAGGAAGUUAACUCUGGUGUUGGGAUCUUGAGGGACACUGUUAAAGAUUGGUCAAGGCAGCAUGAUGUAAACAAAGCAAGAUGAAUGAAAAUAACUGAUGUCAACACCCAGCAAGCAGAGCGAGCGGUUAAGAACACAAGCAUGUAGUACAAGGUAUCCAUCAUGAGCCAUUAUGUGUGAUAUAGAUGGUAAGUUGGGACUGUUAAGAAGUUGAAAUGGGUAUAUGCAUUGAAAAUCUAUGUAAGUUAAUGGAAAAGAUAUUCUAAUGGGUCUUGGGCCUGAUAGAAUAUUUAAGUGUCUCUGACCAAGAACAUUAUUUAUGAUCCGGAGCAAUUAAAAGAGACGGAUGGCGACUUACUUGAAUCUAAACUUUACAGAUAUUAGGAGGGUAGCCCUUUGGGUGUCAAACUGGAAUUUUUAGUGGGCAGGACCUCUUUAAUCAUGAGAUGCUUUUCUCUGGAUUGUGCAUUGGAUGUGGAUCAAGCUUGGGAAGUAUGUGAAUUCUUUCUGUUAAAGUUUUAGUCAACUGUGAUGAGUAGGUGGAAGCUUUACUCCACCUUGAUGAUGGAUUGUCAACUAGAUGAUGUUUAAAGCAUCAGAAGUCUAAAUGGAUUGCCGUAUUGCUGCAGAACUGCUACAGCCAUCUUCUUGGAAACAAGUUAACAAGCCAUGAAAAUUUUUGGAAGUCCAUUGAAUUUGCCCUACCAUUUUCCUUUAACUCCAAAUAAUCAUGAGAUUGAUUCCUUGUGACUUUCUGCAAGCCAAUUAAUUUGCACAAAUCAUUUUGUUCAUAUACUGAAUAACAAUUAAUCUUUAGGUUAUUCUAAAUAUAGUUCAAAUUAAAUAU